AAUUUAAAAAAAGAGAAGGCCCCUCAAUUAGGUUCGGCAGAAUCUCGCGCCCGAAGUGGUUGCGUAACGGGGCUACGUCAAAGGCCCCUCCAUUCCUCGGAUGAGUUGUCGAGUCGAGUGUUCAGUCGCACGGCGGCAGGUGCCCGGCACAGCACACGGGUAGAACCGAAUAGCUAAGGGGAAUGCCCAAAAGCAAUUAUAUGUUUCGUAUCCUGAGUUAAGGUUGGACCUACAUACAAUUUGGAGGCUGCAGAUUGGAUUGUGUGUCGCAAGAAGAAGAAUUUGCAUGAAAAUGUACAAAUUUUUAAUUGCAUGCCUGCUUUUACCUGUAGCAGUUUCGUCGGCUGUGAAAGAAGACAAAGCAUACUGGGCAACACAAACCCAAAUCGAAUUAGAUGAAGCUUUAAAAUUAACAAGAAAUGAAAAUCGAGCCAAAAAUGUAAUAUUAUUUGUUGGCGAUGGCAUGGGUCCUAAUACCGUAACUGCUGCAAGGAUAUUUAAAGGAAAUGGCAAUGAGCAGACGAAACUAACGUUUGAUGAGUUUCCGCAUAUUGGCUUGUUAAAGACAUAUUGUGCCGACAAACAAGUUCCCGACUCUGCAUCUACAGCAACGGCAUUGUUUUGCGGAGUCAAGGGCAAUUACCAUACAGCUGGAGUGGAUGCUAACGUACCUGAAGGAGACUGUCAAGCUUCCCAAAAUCCUGAAUAUUGGGUCCCAUCUAUUAUACAAUGGGCACAGGAUGCUGGCAAAGACACAGGUUUUGUCACAACAACGCGAGUGACGCAUGCCACUCCUAGUGCCCUCUAUGCUCAUUCUCCUGAUCGGAACUGGGAAUGCGAAGCUAAACUUCCCUCAAGUGCCCAAGGGUGUAAAGAUAUUGCGAGACAGCUCAUUGAAAAUGAACCAGGAAAGAACAUUAAGGUAAUAAUGGGAGGUGGAAGACAGUGUCUUGUAUCAAAUGCUACUGGAGAUGCCACAGAUCCAUUAGACAUUUGGGCGUGCCAAAGUAAAGAUGGUCGAAAUUUAAUCAAAACUUGGCAGCAAGAUAAACAAAACAGAAACUUCUCGUCUGCUUAUCUUAAAACUAAUGAGGACUUAUGGAAUGUGGAUGUGGCGAAAACUGACUUUGUAUUAGGGAUUUUUGCAAAUGGUCAUCUGGGUUAUGAAAAUGAACAUAUUGAUAGAAGGCCUACUGGAAUGCCCACCUUGAAGAAUAUGACAUCAGUUGCUAUCCAGUUAUUGAAGAAGAAUCCCAGGGGUUUUCUUUUAGUAGUGGAAGGAGGUCUGAUAGAUUUUGCCCAUCACCGAGGUGUGGCAAAACAUGCUUUGUAUGAAACGGUAGCAAUGGAUGAUGCAAUAGCUGCAGCAUUGAACUUAACAACACAGGACUCUGACACAUUAAUUAUUGUCACUAGUGAUCAUUCCCAUGGAUUAUCAAUGACUGGCUAUCCAAAAAGAGGAGCUGACAUUUUAGGUUUGGCAGGCACUUCUAAAAUGGACCAUACUCCAUACACUACUCUUUCUUACGCCACAGGAGACAAUGAUUCUUUUAAAUUUAGUGUAACAGAGGAAGGGGCAAUAGUUCGAGAUGACCCUACAAAAGAAGCUUUUUCCAGUUUUGAUUAUCAUCAACAUACUGGCAUUUUGACUGAUGAAGUUUUACAUGGUGGGAGUGAUGUUGCUGUUUACGCAAAAGGCCCAAUGGCACAUUUAUUUCAUUCAGUACAUGAACAGACAUACGUUGCACACGUAAUUGCUUAUGCUGCCAAAAUUGGUCCCUAUUCAAGUGCAUCAAGCUUUUAUUCCUUUAGUGCUACAGCAAUUGUACUGUUUUCAUUUUUUGUUUUCCAUAUUUUAUGUUAAUAAAAAUAUAAUUUAUGAAAACUUAUCGUUA